AUCGGGCUGUAGCCAUGGGUUUGCAACAGGUAGUAGCAGUAUGUCUCGUAGCAGUGGUAGUAUCUCUGCAAGUAUGUCAAGUGUUUUCUCAUCAUCAUGACAUCGACUAUCAUGCACACCCCCACUACAAGUUCGACUACUCAGUGCACGAUCCUCACUCGCACGAUGUGAAGAGCCAAUGGGAACACCGUGAUGGCGACAAGGUGCACGGGGGUUACUCCGUGCACGACCCUGACGGCACAGUGAGGCAUGUGGAGUACACAGCUGAUAAACACAACGGGUUCAAUGCUGUCGUAAAGAAGACUGGCCACGCUCACCAUCCUCAUGUCUACGGUGACGCUAACCCCCACGGCUACCCCCAUCACUGACGUCACUGUUCCAGAACCUACAUUUCAUUACUACCCAUCACCCCCAUUGUCGUAAAUAACGUAAAAUUUACAUUCUAACGUCUUUUUAACCCCUGCUUUGUGAGUGAUGUGAUAAAUAAUACUCACCUGAACUUCGUUUGGCUCUAAAUAAUGCUUUGAUGUAAAUAAUAUUGGGAUAAGAUACGACAAAAAACUAAUUAUUUAGUUUUCCAAAUGUCACUCAAGGAGGAAUUCUGAUAUUCUGGCUGUGCAAAACCGAGACAUAAACAUAACCUAUCAUGCGAAGGACUAGCCGGAGAGGGGGAAGAAAGGAUGAGAUCGAGUAUCUUCCACGGGAAAGUAAUUAUAAGUUAAAAGAAAUUUUUUAAGAAUAUGUUUUUAUUUUUCUACAGGUAUACCGUUUCAAUAGCCACUGAUUUAAAUACCAAUGAAGCAGAGUACGGUUUAAAGUGUUUGCAUAUUUUUCAGAAUUAUAGAGAGUCCUUUUCUAAUUUCCCUAGGAGUUUUUUUCGGGCAUACGUAGCAAAACUGGCGACCGUUCAGGGACAUAUGACAAGUGACAACCCUAAGCCAAAGUGUUCGCUUAGUUUUAAACUCAUAGACUUCAUAAACCCGAAAUAGCCCAAAUUAGUCGUUGUAUUAUUUAGAGCUAAUCGACGACUUGUCAUGAGUAAUGUCAUGAAAAGCAUUUUCUUUUACUGGCCUUAAAUCUAGUUUACUUUAGUAUUCUACGUUUUAUGACAAAAUUUCAAUAGCACUAAAUUUAUUACUUUCAUUCAAUCCCUUUCGUAAAAUGCUUCAUUUUCUGUUUUUGUUAUUUUUACGAAAUUCUACGAUAAAAUUUCUUUAUUUAUCCCUCCCUUAGCUUUUGAUGGUAACAAUUAUAUUUUAAACAGCUACCUGAAGCCUAACAUAAAAAAGUGAUAUUCCUAAUUAUUAGCUUCUUUUCCGCCAACAAAAAUGGCUUUCAUUGAAAUCACCACCCACGAACACAUUUUUCUCCAUUAUUAAUUUAGUAACAUCAUAAUUAUUCAUCUUGCAUCCAAAUCUCAUUUUCAACAUACCAUUUUUCUUGUAUUUAUUCAGUUAUUGUUUUUCUUAUAACC